AUGCCGACCCACCUUCACACCGACCAAGGAUCCCACUUCACGGCUAAGACCUUCGCCAAAGUGGCCAGGAUCUUCGGGAUCGAGCAUACCUUUGGAACAGCCUACCACCCAGAGGGUCAAGGCCAAGUCGAACGUUCCAUGCAGACGAUCUUGGACGGCAAUCGGAAGGAAUGCGACGCCAAGGAUGGUCACCGAUGGCACCGGAAUCUACAGUACGUAGUAUGUGGAAUCAACCGAGCCAAACAUGCGACCACCGGGUUCUCACCCUACUACAUGCUGUAUGGACGUGAGAUGACCAUACCCCAGGACGUCAUCACCGGAACCAAUGCACCGGAACACUACACCGACAAGGAACAAUACAUCAGAAGGAUGAAGGAACGGCUCCAGAGGGCUCACGACAUCGCGAAGACGAACAUCGACGAAGCCUUCCAGAAAGCAGCCGAACUCUACAAUAAGAAGAAAUCCGUACCGGACUUCCAGAAGAGAGAUCUCCUCGUCCUGGUAGAGUAUCCAACAAGGAUCCUACCAGGAAGGAACG